UUUUACGAUGUCAUCAAUCAUAUAAAGUCAUGAGUAUCCACAAGAAACACAUCCGGAAUCCAAGCCAAACGCAUCUAAACAAAUCCAGCAUGAGUCAGCGAAGUCACAGACUAGCUGACUGCUGGUGGUCGGCGAGCCUACAAUUGGCAGCCGGCUCGGUCAAGUACGUUCAUUACAUAAGGCCACACUAAAUGCGUAGCGUGACAACACCAUCGUCGUCCACGGUGAUCGUACGUCGGCAAACUUCAACAAUAAACGCGAUCAGCAACGGUCACUUCGCGCUGAGGUCAUCCUAGGAAUGUUCUCUCAAGAUCAUUCCGGUCCGGUCGUGACAAACGGAGUCGUUUUUGAACUCAAUUUAUCCCUUUCAUCCCCGAGGCGAACAAUCUGGCGCGCCUUGUACGAACAAUUAGCAUCGACUGUAUUCCACUCGGUUUAAUAACUAAACUCAAUUAGAUUCACCGACGUGUAAACAGUUAAAAGCACGAGAUUAAAUCACUUCGAGUGGAUUAGCAGCCUUUAUUCCUAUAUCGUAGUUUGUCGGUGUGCAUUAGUUUCAUAACGCAUGAAAUCGAUUUGUUCCCACAAAGCCCGUCGUCGUUGAGUUUGUUUUGGUGAAAUAGAGCGAGGGAAAUCUAAAUGCGCAACGCAGCUCCACCGCAUAGUCAUAACACCACAUGAUUGAGCAGUCGUUGGCGAUCGUGCCUCAUUCGAGCCGUACCUCCUAGUCGACUGUUGAGUUUCAGGUUUGGAAUAAAAAAUCCCGAAGUUCAGGGUCGCACGCCGUUUAUUUGAGCGUACAACCCCAAGUGACUUAGUUUUGCUGCGUAUUUACCUAGGGUCGGGCGAAACCUGUUUUUUGAAGUUUACAAGUUUUGUGCCUACCUCUCUCUCUGUUUCUCCCACGUAGGUUGUCGUUUAUCACGAUCAUAAUGGAUGAAGUGGAAUCGAAUGGCUCUAGUCAAGCGAACAAGAUCCUUUCGCUAUGCUGGAGUUCCGGAAAUGUAGCAGCUUCCUACUACGACGUUGACCAAUUGGAGAUCUAUGCGAUUCAGCAAGCAGCAGAUCAAAGGCCUCAAUAUGCGUUGAUUGGAAACCUGGUGCGACAGUAUAAGCCUUUGUUUUAUUUGGUAUCGGGAUCGAGGAAAUUUUUGGAAGAUGUUCCUGAGCUGUUGAGUCUUCCAGAAGGUGCAGAGCUGCAGCACAUUAGUUCGGGCAAAAUUACUUGCGAAGAGAAGGCUCGUUAUUGUGACUUUGGACCAAAAGCAAUCAAGGCAAGUGUGGUUAAAGUAAUGGCCAUGAACUUGCCCGGAGUUCCGCAGCAAGCGACGGAGCCCGAACGCCGACUCUACAUGGAAAGUGUUCUCCCCUUCAGUCAGGAUUUAUUGAUACAUUCUGUUGGAUGUCUUUUGAAGCUGUUGGAUGGUCUGGCGUCGGACAAUGAAGAAUUAAUGGUGUCGAAAAUCAACGUUUUGUCCCCGGAUACCCUGUUGGUCAUUGACGAACUGACCUAUCUUGCAUUGCAAAUUUUUGACUCACGACUCCAUCCCUCCGGUUUCAAACGGAAGAUGGAGACAGGCUGUUGUUCAUUAUACAAUCUGUUCAACAGAUGCUCAUCCAGCAUUGGAAGAAUAGAGCUGAACAACAUAAUGCAAAAACCAAUCCGGGACAUGGCGGAGCUUAAUGAACGUCUUGAUGCGGUCGAGUGGUUGAUUGACCCAAAAAACUUAAGGUUCGUAAGUGUAAUGAAAGAUCACAUUUCAAACUUGAGCAGAAUUCAGCCGUUGUAUAAGAAAGUUACUUUGAAAAGAGCAAAGAAUAACGAGUGGAAAUCACUGAAGAAGAACAUCUACUACGCGUACCUUCUAUGCAAACUCUGCGCAACAGUAAGAGAACCUUCCAACGACAGAACUUCAAUAGCGCUUCUGGCAGAAUUCGUUUCUCAACCAAAAAAUACUCUAAAGCAAUUACUUUUUACUCUCGAUGAGGUUCUAGACUUGGAACGCGGAGAGCGCGAUAAUAAAUUUACCGUCAAACCUGGAAUUAACCGAGAACUGGAUGGCCUGAGAGCCCAACUGGACGAAACGCAAACUGCAUUACUGGAGACGUCUCGACUGGAGAUCGAAAAUCUUCCAAUCGAUGCGGAUGACGUGUUCGUCACAUUUCUUCCUGGCUAUGGAUUCGUAUUCAGCACGACACUAACCAAUGAUUUGCAAAACAUAUCCACCAUAGAUAACACUACGAUGAACGUUGUUUAUCAAUCCGACACCACGGUUUACUUUCAGAACGACCUGUGCAGAUUGCUCAAUGCGAAGUUUGGCGGUUUGUUAGCUUCCAUAAGCGACCAUGAACAGGUGAUCCUUGAGAAAUUGGUCGCGUACAUCGAUCGAGUAAUUCCCGAGUUGUUGGACAUCUUUCACGUAAUUGCCAAGCUAGAUGUGUUGUUGGCUUUCGGCUCGGUUGCGGAAACACAAGAGUUCUCACGCCCCGUGUUGUGUGACAGUAAAGUUCUCCAGAUCAAACAAGGUAGACAUCCGCUGCUUGAGCUCUACAAACCGUACCAUCCGAACGAUACUGAUCUCAGCACCAACAGUGGAUGCGUUGUCAAGAUUCUUGCAUCCGCUGAAGCUUCAGGGAAAACAGUCUACCUCAAAGAGAUAGCGUUAAUCUGCUAUCUAGCGCAUAUUGGAUCGUUCGUGCCUGCGCAAGCAGCAAUCAUAGGAUUGCUGGAUUCAAUGUACUCGCGGCUGGACUUUCCAGAAUCGGUUUUCAGCGGAAAAUCUUCCUUCAUGGGUGAGCUGUAUCAAAUGUCCAACAUUCUCUCCAAUACCACCUCUCGUUCAAUGAUCCUCAUCGACGAAUUCGGGAAAGGGACGACUUUCUCCGAAGGGAAAUCCCUCUUAAUCUCCAGCAUCGAGCAUCUGCUUCAAAAAGAUGCCGAUGUUCCCAUCACGAUCGUAGCUACUCAGUUCACGGCCAUUGUCAACUACCUUCAGGACUACCGGUACCUUAAAAUCUAUUCCGCUAAUCCUGAAGAUGCCACCAGUCAGGGCGAGUCUUCAGCUGACCCCAAUGAACACCAUCAAGAGCUCAUCGCUUCUGUCAUUCAAUCGCUGACCCUAACCCUGACGAAGAAAUUCCUCGGCAACGAACCCGUUGAUCCAGCCAUGGUCGCUCAACUGUACCUAUCUAUGCCCAUCACGCAACCCGUUGCCGGCGGCUUUCAACGAUGAAGGUCAUCCCUCAUAUCACAGGUACCAAACUGUGAAUAAAUCUCGGCUAACUGCCCGAAGACGACGUAGGCGACGGUGCAACACUGCGGGGUAGACGAAUGACUUUUCACGGGACCAAAUACAUACCAACUUACUCAUUUAUUGACUUAUUUAUCUUUCAUUACCGACACGCGGCGGCGAUGAUGACUGGCGAACGGUUUGAUUACUGUCUGGUUUAUUAAUGGUUCUAAUCACACACUCCCACGGUGUUCGGUUCGGUGGUUGGUCUUUUGAAGCCCCAGGACCGUGAGAACAUCAUUUAUCUAGUUCUCGCGACCUUUUCUCG